CUUCUUUGGUGGCGACUCGCGAAUGUUAUAUUUAUUUCACAAUAUAAUUUUUAUAAAUUAUUUGCCCUGUGUUACCGAAGCUAAUAAAUUGGGUGUUAUCCUCAAUCCUGAAAAAUAAUCUAAAGAUUUUCUUAACACUUAACAGCAUGGCGCUCACUGCAAUGUUGCGCCGAACCCUUAUCAAUGGGACAGUAUACUCUGCCGCUGCAAUGCGCUUUGCUUCAACACAACAAGAGAAGAAAGUUUUUUUCGACGUUACAGCUGAUGGAGAGCCAUUAGGUAGAAUUGUUAUGAAACUAAAUUCUGACGAAGUUCCCAAAACAGCUGAAAACUUUAGAGCACUGUGCACAGGAGAAAAAGGGUUUGGAUACAAGGGAUCGUCAUUUCACAGAAUAAUUCCAGAUUUUAUGUGUCAAGGUGGAGAUUUUACGAAUCAUAAUGGCACUGGUGGAAAAUCAAUUUAUGGCCGUAUGUUCCCUGAUGAGAAUUUCAAGCUGAAGCAUACCGGUCCGGGAAUCUUAUCAAUGGCAAAUGCUGGUCCCAACACUAAUGGCUCUCAGUUCUUCAUCACCACAACUGCCACUCCAUGGCUUGACAGAAAACAUGUUGUAUUUGGUGCUGUAGUAGAAGGCAUGGAUGUUGUAAGAAAAAUGGAAGGCUUUGGGUCAAGGAAUGGGAAGCCAUCCAAAAAAGUUGUAAUUUCUGAAUGUGGUGAGUUAGAUUAAAGUAAUGAGAAUUGUGUACAUCUGUUAUGUAGUUAUUAUCUGUAGUUCUAAGUAUAUAGUAAAAAUUGUUUAAAUUA